GAGUGUAGAGCUCCGUAACGGUUCGUAAUUAAUUAUGUUCUUUGCCUAAAAUUAAGUACUGAUCUAAAAUUCACGAUUAAACGAGGUUUGAGUUACACCAUCUAUAAUCUUAAGUACUUAAGUACGGCAGUGUGACCCUAAUUUGUCAAACGUCAGCUGUUAAUAUUUUGGUGAUAGCGGCGUGCUUGUAACUACAAAUGUUAACAGCAACUUGUUGGUGAGACAGACAAUUUCAAGAUUGACAACUAUAAAAGAAGGCAAAUCGAUAAACGACUGUGAAGAUGAUUCUGCUGACACUGAUAGCCAGGGUGAGCGACGGCUUACCGCUGGCAGCUGCGAUGCAAGAGGAUGAGCAGGUUAGAAUUCCAACGGGGCGAAGUAUUUUGGAAUAUCAAAAUCAAGCGAAAAUGUUGUUCAGAAAAUUAGGUCCACAGUCCCCUGCAACGUGUACCAUCGAAACUGGACCAUAUUAUUUUCAUUAUCUCAUAGAUAAUGACGUGUGUCAUUUAGUCUUGUGUGAAAAGAAUUUUGGCAAGCGUGCUGCAUUCUCUUAUUUAGAAGACAUUGCGCAAGAAUUUCAUAUUCAAUAUGGCAAAAAAGUUAAUUCAGUAACGAGACCUUACACAUUUAUUGAAUUUGACACAUAUUUAAAAAAGGCGAAAAAUACAUUUUCUGACGGAAGAGCACGACGCAACAUGAAUGUAUUGAAUAAUCAGCUUCAAGAUGUUCAGAGAAUCAUGGUGCAAAACAUUGAUGAUGUAUUGCAAAGAGGAACAGUUCUUUCAGAGUUAGAUACAAAAGCACAUGGUUUAUUGACAAUGUCUACCAAGUAUCGAAAAGAUGCAGCAUAUUUGAACUACAAAUCUGUAUACAUUAAAGCGGUAGCUGGAUUAGUUGCUUUUUCAGUCUUUGUUUUGUACUUUUUUAUACUUUAGAAAAGUACAGAAACUUGCCAAGCAAGAUAUUAUUUUGAAAGGAACUAGUUUUAUAAUCUUUAAAUAUUAAUGUAUUUUGAAAAAAAAAUUUUGUUGGUCACUUAUUCCGUUUAUAAUAAAUUUAUACAAAUUUUUGUAUACCCAACUAUGUUUUUAAACAACUAAUUAUUUUUAAUAUGAUAUUGUCAUUGUAAAUGUUACUAUAAGUAUCUUAUUUUUCAAAUAAUGUAAAUCGUAUGUCCACGUUUUUAGAGGUAUGCAACUGAAUUAAGAGGGAUGUUGAUUAUGAAUGUAUUAUAAUGGAACCUAUUGAUGUUGAAAUAUUUAU